AUGAGUCGCUAUCUGACUCCCUCGAAGAUCGCUCUUCUGUGCCUCAUCUCCAUUUACACCGACGGAGUCGUUCCCAACUCCUCCGCAAUUCAUGUUCUUUCCUUUCUUAUGUCAUGUCUCAGUCCUUUGGGAUCAGAUGCAUCUUUAUCUCUGAACAAAGGCGACAGCAACUAUAUCGUCGCCAUUAAUGACCUGGAGGACGCCCUUUCAUCCAAAGCUUCCUCGAUCCCUGGCCGUUCGAUAUGGGAUUUGUUUCUCAAGAAGAUCUGGUCCAUUGAUUCUUGUGACGCUUUGGAAGUAUUUUUCACUGAGAUCAGCGCUAUUCUUGUCAAGUCACGAGAAGAACAGAUCCGCGACAGGGAUAAUGGUCUGGCGCCUGAGACCGGUCGUAUGCGCCUCUCAAGAUGCUCACCACUCGGUGCGUUCGUGAGAAGAGCCCAGCUCGAGUUUACUAGACUUCAGUUCCAUGACUCUGUCAAGCUUUGGAAGGGUUUCGUGCAUUACCGUCUCCCCACGUACCGUGUGUGGUCAAAGAAGAAUCCAUCUGCUGAACGGGACCCCGUGGACAUCAAUUUACUAGAGCUCAAUUUGGACUCAACCAGUCACCUCGCUCAAGUGGCUUAUGGAAAUAUCGAAAUCCAAGAAGAGGAUGGAACUUAUGUCAGCACUAAGGAUGUCGAACGACUGCUGGAGUUUCAGAUUGGCGAGCUACAAAGGCUAGGAGGAAGAGUCCCAGACGGCAUGAAAGAGCAGCUCGAACGUAUCAUGGCGUCUGGCGUCGCAAUACCCAAUCUGACUUACUAUCUAAGAUUCCUCGAUGCGUGGAGAGCCGGAGACUACCCCUCAUCCUUCGACAACCUUCACAGAUAUUUCGAUUAUACAAUGCAUAGUCGUGACCGGAGCUCAUAUCAAUAUGCGCUGCUCAACCUCGCCAUCCUUCAGGCUGAUUUCGGAUGCUAUGGAGAAGCUGUUUCUGCGAUGCAAGAGGCUGUCUCGAUUGCCCGAGAGUCCCACGAUAUGAACUGUCUAAAUUUCUGUAUGAGCUGGCUAUAUCACUUUGGCAAAGCCUUCCCUGAGCAGAUGAAAGACGUUCAGAAUACGGGAAUGCUCGGAAACGAGAAGGAAGGUCUUGCUUUCCUGAAGGCUAAAGCGAAGGAGACUGAGAUGUGGAGUCUGCUGAGCACUACAUUGCUGAGUGAAGCCAAACUCGAGCUGCAAAACGGGGAGAGUGUUGCAUCUUCCAUGGAAAAUAUCGUCCGGGCAUCACAUCUCAAUGUUACAAGAAAUUUGGUGACAUCAAUGGGCCCACAGCUUCUACUGCAGACUGCACUUUAUGCCAGAAUUGGUGUUACCCAUCUAUCGUGGUUGAGUAGCGAAAUAUUUCGUGAAUGCUACGCAAACAAGUCACCAUUCGAGGACUAUCUGAAGAGUACAUUCCGUAGCUGUCAACUGUUGGCGCAACAGGGUCGCUACGGUGAUAUCUCAUCUCAUAUGAAGCAGGUUACACCAGAGAAGCUACGAUCUCUUAGAGCGAAUCAACAAUGGACGUUCUUCUCUGGUAUACUGCGACUAAGGCGGCAUAUCUGUCGGGAUGAUAAAGUGGCAGCAGACUACCUACUCUCCCAGCUUCAAGCGAUUCAGCUCCCUGACAAUGACGCCUCUCUUCUCCUAUCUUUCCUUUUAAUCGAAUACAAAAUCCGACAAGGCGACUAUGGCCAGGCCUUGGACAUCGUCGAGCAUACGGCUCAAUCCAUGCACCAAGAUAACUUUGACAUCCAUUCUCAGGUGAAGCUGCUUUGCUUCAAAGCGCGCAUCUUCGAGAAAACGGGCCAUCCACAACGAGGCUUCUCCCUGGCGAUGCGAGCCGCCAGUAUCGCGCACCGCUCCCGGCUUUUCCCAGGUCUCUGGGAAGCAAUCUGCGUGCUUGGUGGAGUCCUGCUAAGUCUACGAGAAUUUGAAGCUGUGAACGAAAUGGUUGAGAGCAUCAUGCCUCAGGUCCUCGAGACCGACGACUGUGAUCUAGCGGCGCGGGCGUACUCGCUUCUCGUGGACGCAAAUAUGGGCAUGGCGGGUAAGGUGUGGAGUCAAGGACAGGACACGCCAGCUAAAAAGGAACACAUGAACCGUGCCCUUGGCUACCUCGACUGCGCCUACGACCAAUAUGAAGAAAUCGAAGAUAUCAAGGGACAAUGUGAGAUGAUGGCCAAGAAAGCCACGGUGAUGCACCUCACAGGCGACUUGGUCCUUGCGAAUGACUACGCGGCUAAGUACCUGGAUCUGCAGAAAUUGAAGUGA